AUUGACUUCACGUCUGACUCCGAGUGGAUUGCCGCAAAGACAUACGCUGUGCCUUCCGAGCCGCUAGCCUUUGUAGGAACUCAAGAUCUUCUCCUAUCCUGACAGACUAUUUCCGUCAAUUGCGCGAACCCGUUUUGAAUGCUUGUUAAUGUUCUGCCAGACGCUCGGUUCUUCAUUGUCAAAUCGUUCAACGAAGACAAUGUCCUCAAAUGCAUGGAAGAUGGUGUAUGGGCAACGCAGGUACAAAACGGACAAGUCCUCACCAGUGCUUUUGCCAAUUGCAGAAACGUCAUCUUAUUCUUCUCGAUAAACAAAUCGAAGGCAUUCCAGGGAUACGCACGAAUGGCUACUGCCCCUUCUCCAGACACGCCUCGGCCCAAGUGGAUGAACGGGAUACACUGGGAUGUGUCCCCUCCAUUCCGAGUCGAGUGGCUGAGCAAAGUGCCAUUCGAAUUCUUCCGCGCUGGGCAUCUCAAAAACCGAUAUAACGAGUACCUCCCAGUCCUCGUUGGCAAAGACGGCCAGGAGAUUGAGGAAGAGUGCGGCCGACAGUUGCUGCUCGAGAUGGAGCAGUUUGCCGAGGCCAAGGCUGGCGUGGAAGCGGCUCGCCGCGGAGCCAAGAAACCCAUUAAGCGAGGAUAGUAUGGAACACUGAUAGAAUCGUGCCCGGUUCCGUGCCCGGUUCCGCCGCGGGUUUGUCCACGACCACAGCCGUCAAAAGCAGAUUUAUCAAGCCCCUUGACAUAACGGCGCCCUAGAUCGAGCGAAUAAAUAUAUAAUUCAUAGCAGCCAGACUUGAUAGAGCGAGAACCUACUGGCAGCAGUAGUAUAUACGAAAGUCUCCCAGCCGAUUAGGACUCAUCUAUCGAGAGGUGAGAGGCUGUAACUUGCUUCCGAACUGUGUCGCCAGCGGCCUGAACGUGCACGCUCGAUUAGCAGCCUCGAGUUUUAUUUACUGCCCAGUCCAGCCGGUUCGCCAACCAUGGUAGAUUUGGUGCACGGUGCAAGUGGGAC